AUGCUCUCAGCGUGGGCCGUGCUGGCCGCCCCCUUCGCUGCCGCCUUUGUCAUCACCGCGCCAUCGGCAGACAACCCCCUCGUCGCGGGCAAGAACAACUCGAUCGCAUGGGACGCAGAAGCAGGAUUGCAGGCAUUGCCGCGCACUGCGCACUGUGGCACCAGCAACGGAACAAGAGCUGAUCGGCAGACCGAUGCGCCCUCCCACUUCGCGAUCGAGGUCAAGGCGAACGGGCACUGGAUCCCGCUCGGGUACGAGUUCGCCGACGUGCCCUCGGACGCGGGGACGAUCAACAUCCAGCCCCUGGGAAGCGGGUACGAGACGGCCGUCCGCUUCGUGGUCGACGGCGAGGUGCUGGCGUCCACGGAGGACUUUACGGUCCAGCCGCCGUCGUUCGUGAAGCGGGACGAGGAACCGUCGGCCGCCGUCGCGCCCGCCGCGACGAGUGUGCGCGAAAGCCUCCUGCUCGCCCCCUCUGCUGCCGCUGAGGCUGAGGGCACGGGCGAGGCGGCCGCCCCCGCUGCUGAGCCCGCUGAGCCCGCUGAGACGGAGACGGACGAGGGCAGCCUCCUCCUCGCGCCCAGCUCGUCCGCGCCCCCUAAGCCGACGAGCGAGACCGCCCGCGUCGCCAAUGGGCCAGGCAAGGCCGGCCCCGCGCCCACGCCCGGCGCAACAAUCGUCGCAAACGGCACGACGCUGACGCUGAGCGAGGACACGGCGACGGUCGAAGUCCAGCCGGCGGGGAGCACGCUGCUGCACCAGUCGCCCCUCCCUUCCUCUUCGAGUGCCGGCGAGUCGAGCUGA